AGCACCUCCACUCCCUGCUCUCCUCGCUAUCCAUACCAGCCACAGUCUCAAGCUCAAUCACCGCACUAGAGGGGGAGGCUGCCAGCGCCACCACCAACAAACCCUAAUUUUUUCCCUCCCCACCGCAUCUAGCAGACCGGCGCAGCCCAGCAGCGGCAUUGCACAAGCCCCCCCCCCCCCCCCCCCCCCCCCCCCUCAUGCGCCGCAAGAAGCACCUGGACCGGGGCGGCGGCGGCGGCACGGAGCUCUUCAUCUGCUUCACCUCCCGCCCCUCCGCAGCCUCCACCGCAUCCGUCGCCGCCGCCGGCGCGCCGUCCUCCCUCCGCCCCUCCAGCUCCUCCAAGCUCCUCAGCCCCGGCCGUGGCAGCGCCGGCGCCGGAGCAGAGGCCGUGCCAGCCCCGCCACUGCACCCAUCGCUCAGCCGCCGCCUGCGCAACAGCGGGAGCCUGAAGGGCGGCCAGUCGCCCAUGUUCCCGUCGGGGUCCACAGGCGGAGGCCGCCGCGGCCGGGGUGGGUUCGAGCCCGCCGAGCCGUCCUCUCCCAAGGUCACCUGCAUCGGCCAGGUCCGCGUCAAGGGAGGCAAGCGCAAGCCCAAGCACGCCUCCGCCGCGGCGCUGCGCUCCCGCUCCAGGCGCGGCGGGGUCGGCGGCGGCGGAAGCGCGGAGGCCAGCUUCCGCCGCGCCGGCGACGACCGGGACGGCCCCCAGGGUAAGAACCAGGGCUGGGUGUACCAGAUCCCGGUCAACAUCUGCGAGGCGCUCAAGACAUUCGGCUCCUGCGGCGGCCGCUCGCUCUGCUCGCCGUCACGGCCGGGUGGCGUCGGCGAGCGGGGCGCGCUCUCCGGCGACGCACACGGUGGCAAGAAGCGGCGGCAGCGCGCGCCGGCUGGGGGCAGCUGGCUGUGCGGCGCUGCCGUGGCGAGGUGCCUCUUGGCUAUCCAGGAGGAGGACGACGACGAGGUCGGCAAGGGAGCCGCCGUUGUGCCGGCUGAGGAGAUGAGGGCGUCGGACGUGGGGCUCGUCAUGGAAGGGUGGGAUGUCGAGGAGGAGGAGAAGGCCGUGAUGGUGGGGGAGGUGGAGGUGGAGAAGAAAGAUGAGAUCUUGGUGGUGGGGAAGGAGGAACAAGGGAGGGUCAGCGUCUGCAUCCCCCCGAGGAACGCGCUGCUGCUAAUGCGCUGCCGUUCAGACCCGGUCCGUAUGGCUGCUCUUGCUACCCGCUUCUGGGGGUCUCCAGCAGCAGCCACCGUGGAGCAGGUGGGUGAUGAUUUGGCUGGUGGCGUCGACAACGAUGAGGAAGGAGGAGGGGAAGAUGAGGCUGAGGCUGAACCAGAGGAGUGCAAAGAUGAAGCUCGUCAUUCAGCUGUCUCUGUCAAAGAUGUGAAUUGCGACGACUCUGGUGGUGGUGACAUUGGUGGUGGUGAAGCAGGGGAGAUAGAUCAAGCACAGGCAGAAACUGAAGAGAGCUCUAAACGUGGAGAUCUUGUUGAAGAAGAGAAGGAUGUAUCCUGCAGAGUAGAGGUAGAGGAAACACAAAUUGUUCGGAAAGAUGCUGCUUUGGAGGUUUCGUCGGGAGAAGACACUGCAGUGGAAAACCAAGGGCUGAGCAUGGUGGAGCUGGUGGUGGGUAAGGGGGAGGAAGACGCACCAGCACUAGAAAAAGUUGCAGACGAGGUGAAGGGGAGGAGGUCAAUCAGCAGCUAUUCUCCCUCGGCAGGCCUGAAGGAGGACCGCAACAGAUUGAGACGGUUGAGUAGCAGGAGGCGUGUCAGUACUAGCAGCAGGGCCUCAUCGGCUAGCGAUAGGGUUGGCAGGCGGCACAGCUUUUCAGCUGAGACGGAGGCACGGCGGUCUAGCUUCUCGAGCUUGAAGGAUUCAAGGAGGGCUAGUUUCUCCAUUGACAGAGAUGGCCGGAGGUGGAGCUUCUCAAUUGAACAGGAGCAUCUUGUUGCGGAGCCGAAGGUGCUGAUGGCGUCGAGGAAGGGUAACAAAACUUCAUCUGAGCAAGAGUCGGAGAAAGAUUGUGCUGUUGCUGUUGCUCCAAACAGUGCUGAGGAAGGCCAAGAAUCCUACGAUGAUGGAAAGGAAGAAGAAACUACCAAGAAUGGAGAGGAAGGAGAGACGCAAGGCGUGGAAAUGAACCAGGAAGUUCAGAAAGUAGAAACCAGAGCUGAAGAUGGUGAGGCAGGACCUGUGGUACAGAGGCGGAAGAAGAGCGGUGAAUUGCCAGAUUGCCUCCUCCUGAUGAUGUAUGAACCAAAGCUCUCCAUGGAGGUCUCCAAGGAGACAUGGGUCUGCAGCACUGAUUUCGUUCAUUGGAAGUCUUGCCAGGGCAAGAAUAACCGUAAUGGUCACCCACAAAAGGCUUCUGCUAGUGGAAAUGAUGCAGCUAUUGCUACAGGGGAGCCUGGAGAUAAGGAGAAUGCUGAAGGCAGCACUGUUGUGAACGUUUCACAAGAGUGCAAAGAUCCAUCAAAGGUGAACUUGGCUGCAGCGCCUAAGCCACCUCCAGUUGCUCAGAAGACACCACUAAAACCAGGUACAACUGAACAGAAGAUGAAGCUAGAGCUGCCGCUCGUCACCAAUGCGGCAGCCUAUGCCCCAUUUGUUCUGAAACGAUGCAAAUCAGAGCCGAUGCGGUCAUCGGCACGUCUGGCUCCCGAUGCCUGCUUCUGGAAGGACCGCCAUCGGCCCCUCAAUGCCACAGGAGUUGGAUUCUGAUUCCGGCCAGACCGAGCCACUGGUAUGCAAUGCCUAGUUAGCUAGUGAGUUCACUGAGAUUGGGAGCCUGUUGUGUAAUAGUAGAGAGAGGGAGAGGUUCUUUGAUUGUGCUUUGUGCUGUUAUGUGAUGCGUGGACACCACCAAAUAAUAGCAUGUUGUUGAGUUACAUGAGAUAGGUUAGGGAGGAGUAUAAUGUAAAUCUCGUGGGUUUGUUUCAUUCGGUGUGCUAAUUCAAUUUUCCUUUGAUGAGAUUAUCUAAUGUACUAUAUAGUUUCCCCCCAUGGGUAUCUUCAUGUUUUUGGUUCAUAUAGAGUUGUUUGUAAGUUGUAACCUUUAAAAAUUUGAAGCUGCAUCUUUGUUUA